GUGUCCCGGAAGCAGAUUGCUUCGUCACUUCCUGUUUCGUCGCCACACGUGUGUACGUGCCGACUUGUAUUUUUAUAGUCACGUAGAAAACAAGAACCCAAGACAACCUAUUAGUUAGCCAUGUUGGAGCAACUGGGUCUGAUCGGAACCAUCCAGGACGACGAGCAGAGUCCGGAAGAAUCCGACAGCGAGUCCGAGCAUGAGGAAGAACCGAUCGUCCUGAACCGGAAGAAGAAGUUUGGCAGCCAAAGUGGCGGCGCCAGAGACUUCAACCAUGACUUUGUGUUUGGAGAACGAGACGCGUUGGACCUCGGAGACGACUGGGCCAUGGCCGACGUCAUGAAGCAGCUCAAGAAGAAGAGAAGUCUCACCACUUUGGACCAGAAGAUUGAAAAGGUCCGGAAAAAGAGGAAGGCAGAGGAGAAAGUGUCUGUGGGUGAAGAAGACUCUACGGUGAAGAAAGAAACGGUUGAGGAGGAGGACGUGAAGCCUUGUGAUGAGGACAGUGAUGACGAGGACGAGUUCAACUCUGAUGACGAGCGAGUUCUCACCCAAGCAGACACGCUGAAGGAGAAGCAACGUCGUGGGAGGAAGAGGAAGGCAGACGAGGAGGCAGAGGUGCAGUCAUUCCACGAAGAUGCGUCGCAGUUUGACGACACACUCAGCUUUGACGACAUGAACCUGUCCAGACCAAUCCUGAAGGCCAUCACGGCGAUGGGCUUCAAGCAGCCCACUCCAAUCCAGAAGGCUUGCGUUCCCGUCGGGCUCCUCGGCCGAGACCUCUGCGCCUGCGCCGCUACCGGCACAGGAAAGACGGCUGCCUUCAUGUUACCAGUUUUGGAGCGCUUGGUUUACAAGCCCAGGACGUCCCAGGUGACCCGGGUGCUGGUUCUGGUCCCGACGCGAGAACUGGGCAUCCAAGUUCACACGGUGGCACGCCAGCUGGCCCAGUUCACCUCCAUCACGACGUGCCUUGCUGUCGGCGGUCUGGACCUGAAGUCUCAGGAGGCGGCGUUGAGGGCCGGUCCGGAUGUCCUUAUCGCCACCCCGGGCCGACUCAUCGACCAUCUCCACAACACGCCCAGCUUUGAGCUCACGCACAUCGAGAUCCUCAUCCUAGAUGAAGCGGACAGAAUGCUGGACGAGUACUUCGAGGAGCAGAUGAAGGAGAUCAUCAGGCUGUGCUCGUACAACAGACAAACCAUGUUGUUCUCCGCCACCAUGACCGAGGAGGUGAAAGACCUUGCGGCCGUCUCGCUGAAGCAGCCCGUCCGGAUCUUCGUGAACAGCAACACGGACGUGGCUCCGUACCUCCGGCAGGAGUUUGUGCGGAUCCGAGCCAACCGCGAGGGCGACCGCGAGGCGGUGGUGGCCGCUCUGCUCACCAGAACCUUCCAGGACCAUGUGAUGGUUUUCACGCAGACCAGGAAGCAAGCGCACCGACUGCACAUCCUGCUGGGACUCAUGGGCCUCAAGGUCGGGGAGCUGCACGGAGAGCUCAGCCAGAACCAGAGACUGGAGAACCUCAGGCGUUUUAAGGACGACCAGAUUGACAUCCUGGUGGCGACGGACGUGGCGGCCAGAGGUCUGGACAUAGACGGCGUCAAAACGGUCAUCAACUUCACUAUGCCGUCCACCGUCAAGCACUACGUCCACCGCGUGGGCCGCACGGCCAGAGCGGGGCGCUCGGGACGCUCCGUCUCAUUGGUCGGCGAGUCGGAGAGGAAAACGUUGAAGGAAGUCGUCAAGUCGGCCAAGAGCACUGUGAAGGCCCGCGUGCUCCCUCCAGGUAAGCGUGCGCGCACCACGUUGGGUCACACGUUCUUGUAGCAAAACUGCGCUGCGUCCGUUACAGACGUCAUCCUCAAAUUCAGAGACCUCAUUUCCAAACUGGAAGAGAUGGCUGCCUCGGAGGCCAAGUUGAGUGUGGCCCAGAAGCGUCUGGAUGGCUCCGCCACCAACGAAACUCAGCGAGUUUGGUUCCAGACGCAGCAAGAAAGGAAGCAGAGCCGCAUAAACAAGGCGCUGCAGGACUUUGACAUGGCUCUGCGAGGGAAGAAGAAGCGCGCCAAGUUUAUGAAGGACAGCAAGAAGAAAAACAUGACGGCGGAGGAGCGCUCUCAGUUUGAGAUCCUGAAGGCACAAAUGUUCGCCGAGCGAGCCGCUAAGCGCGAGCGCCGACCCAAGAGAGCCCGAGCCAUGGCUGAGGACGAGGAGCAGGCGCCCCCUAAAGCCAAUCAGAAGGCGAGAAAAGGAGGCAAUGCAAGACACAAGUCUGCCUUCGACAAAGAGUUGACCAACGUCAGCAACAAAGCCCUCAAACACUACAGAGCGGGGUGA